UGGGGGAGGGGUAAGAGCGAGGCGGGCUUACUUGCCUGCUGGGUCCUAGAGCCCGGCACUAGCUCUAGCGAGCAACCCCCCAGUCCCCAUUUUCUUAAGAUCCAGAGGGGAUCCCCCACUUUUCCACCCAUCUGCGCCAUUGGUCUCUAAUGCUAUGAGGAGGGGAUAGGGGCAGGGACAGGGACUGGUCUCAAGGUUCUAAAGAGGCGGUGGUCUACGCUGUGGCUUCGAAAUAGGAGGGGCUGAGUGCCUGGCAGGGUUCGAUAAGGGGUGGGGCGAGAGGGGAGCCUUCACGUGUGGGUGGGGUUGGAGGGCCUGGGUAUAACGAAGUUUGGAUGCUGAAGGCGAGGACUAGUGCGUGCGUCACGGAAGGGGCGGGCCCACGGUGGAUGGGCCUUCUCGGCGCGCCGGGGCAUGGAGAGGGUCUUGGGAAACCAUGUUGCUGGGUCUUAAAAAGGCGGAGCUUAGAGGUAAAUUGCCCCAGGGGCGGGGCAGAUGAGAGGUCCAAAGGGGAGGAGCGACGCCUGGGUGUUCGCGUGGGCGGGGCCUCGGGAGGGAAUAAGGAGAGGGGCGGAGCAUUCUAAAGGGGAGGGGCUAAGGAGAACAACCCAAAGGGGUGGAGCUUAGAACCAGAAGGCCGGGGGGCGAGGAAGAAGACCUCGGAGUAUUUCAAGGGAAGACCCAGGUUCGUAAGGGACCGGGCUCCCGCGGGCUCGCAGGGGGGCGGGGCCUCGAGCUCCAGGGGCGGGGCCUAGAUCUCGGGGUCCGCCCUUGCUGUCUCGCCCACUUGCCUUCACCCGCACCCCCGUUCUUUUCGGUUAUUUUCUGCUACGGCAGUUCCCUGCCCUGCCCCGGGCCCAGGGGGCCGCUGUCUGAACUCUGGUCGGCUGGAGGACUCGUCUCCCAGCUCCGUCAGAAAUGGGGAACGUGCAGUCGGAGCCAUCGGCGGGUGGGGGCUCCCGAAAAGAGCAGGCCUCGGACCGCGCCCCCGACUCCCGCCGGACAUCCCUGGUGGAGCCCGAGAUGACCUCCCAGGCCAUGCGCCUGACUCGCGGGCUGGGUGUCUGGUUCCCUGGCAGCUCCGCACCCCCGGGACUCCUGGUACCCCGGGAGCCCCAGGCCUCACCCUCGACCCUGCCCCUCACCUUAGAACGGCCCUCUCCAGUGAUGUCCCCUCCUGAAGAGGCGGCCGCGGUCUCUGCACCACCCCCAGCCCCCGCGGGGACCCUGCUGCCCGGCCCGUCUAAAUGGCAAAAGCCCGCGGGCACUCCAGUGCCCCGGAUCCGCGGCCUGCUGGAGGCGAGCCAUCGCGGCCAGGGCGACCCUCCGAGCCUCCGCCCGCUGCCGCCGCCGCCGCCGCCCCCGCCCCCGCCCCGGCAACUAUCCGUAAAGGACACUGUCCCGAGGGCCCCAUCCCAAUUUCCGCCGCCCCUGGAGCCUUGGAAGCCGCCACCACCAUUACCUUCUGAACGGCAGCCGGCGGACCGCAGAAUCACUCCUACUCUGGCCACACCCGCCUCAACCCCCACAGAAAGCCAGGCUGGGCCGGGCAACCAGGGCCAGACGGCCGGUAGGGCUCGCGGAGGGGCGCCUCCCCAGGCGGGCGAAGGCGAAAUGGCCCAGCCUGUGGCUUCCGAGUCCGGCCUGAGCCUGCUGUGUAAAAUCACCUUCAAGUCGGGGCCCUCUUUGGCCCCUCCGGCAGCUUCGAGUUCCUUAGCAGCCAAAGCUUCGCUCGGGGGCGGCGGAGGCGGCGGCCUCUUUGCUGCCUCGGGUCCCAUCUCUUACGCCGAGGUCCUGAAGCAGGGGCCCCUGCCUCCUGGAUCCGCUCGUCCCCUGGGAGAGGUUCCUCGAGGGGCACAGGAAGCUGAGGGAGGUGAUGGAGACGGCGAAGGGUGCUCUGGUCCUCCCUCGGCGCCUGCGUCCCAAGCCCAGGCCCUACCGCCGCCACCCUACACCACCUUCCCAGGCUCAAAGCCCAAAUUCGACUGGGUUAGCGCUCCCGACGGCCCUGAACGCCACUUCCGCUUCAACGGGGCUGGCGGAGGCAUCGGGGCGUCGCGACGGCGUGCGGCCGCACUCUCUGGGCCUUGGGGCUCCCCUCCGCCACCACCAGGGCAGACGCACUCAGCUCCCGGGCCCCGGAGGCCCGCACCUGCCCUACUGGCGCCGCCUAUGUUCAUCUUCCCGGCACCCACUGGCGAGCCCAUGCGCCCGGGGCCUCCAGGCCUGCAGGAGUUACCACCGCUGCCACCGCCCACGCCGCCGCCCGCGCCACCGCCCACACCGCCGCCCACACUGCAGCCACCAGCGCUCCAGUCAACGCCACUGCCGGUGGCUCCCCCGCUCUCCCCGGGCCUGGGCCACGAGGCGUCAGCCCUGGCUCCCACCCUAGCCCCUGCUCUGCCCCCAGCCUUAGCCGCCGACCAGGCCCCGGCCCCGGCCCCGGCCCCGGCCCUGGCCCUGGCCCCAGCCCCAUCCCCAGCUCCCACCGUGGCUGAGCCCUCGCCGCCUGUGUCCGCGCCCGCACCCGCGGCUGCACCCAUCAAGACCCGCACGCGCAGGAACAAGGGUUCCCGUGCAGCCCGGGGCGCAACCCGUGAGGAUGGCUUGCCUGGAGACGGUCCUCGUGAAGGAGCUACAGCUACAGUGCCGGACAGCAGCGAUGGAGCGGGUGGUGGCAGCGGGGCCUCUCAGACUGGGGCAGCUAACACCCGCGCUGCGCGCCACUGGCCGCCCUUCCAGGUGCUUAACUCUUGUCCCUGCAAGUGUUACUGCCGCCACCAGCCACGCCAUCGCCGCCUGCCACGCAACGUCUCUGCCUGGCUGAGCACACCCACCAACCACCUGGGCGAGCCACCCUGGGUUGCCACCAUCAAGCUGGCCGGCUCCCUGGUGGCUGGGCUGGAGCACUACGACCUGCAGGCCACCCAUUCCAACUGAGUGCAGUCGGCUCAACACUCUCCACCUUCCCCUCCAUGACAAUAAAAUAACCAAUCCAGAUGCCAGCAGCCUGUCAAUCACUUGCCAAGGUAGUGGGUAGGGUACAGCAGGGCAGGCUCGCCAUUAAAGCACAUCUUGGGAACAAAAGGGAGGCUGGACCAGAGCAGCAGUAACUGAGGUUCCAUUCACCCAGCACCCAGACUGAUGGGCCCAGGGCAGGGGGGAUCUGAUUCCCCUCAAUCCAUAAGCCCUAAUUCUGAGCUGACCUGGUACCAAGCUCACAGGCUCAGCACAAACCACUGUGCAAAGGAGUGAUCAUUCCCAUUUUACAGUUGGGAAAACUAACUCUGGAACACUUGUGAAAUUUCCACAUCCCACAAGGGAUUCAGCCAGAUUUGGACCCUGCGCCUUGAACACCUUCCCAAGAAUUUCAAGGCAGGAAACCUAGGCUGAGGGGUGUGCAGGGAGGUCCUCAAUCACACGCCGGCUCAGGGAGGGUGGGAGCCACAAGCCCACACCAGGGCCCAUACCUUUUGAUCCGCACAGGGCUCAAACUGGCAGCCUACAGACGGGUUCCAUUUCACAUAUCAUUUGAAAAAUUGUUUAAUUCAUCACCAACAUUUAUUCUUUUUAAUAGGACACUUCACCCGCUUUGUUGAAAAAAUCUGGUACCCUGGCCCAGCAUUCCUGUGUGUCCACAGUUGGCUAGAACAGUCCCCCUACCUGGGGCCAUGCCCUCCUGCAGGCCACAGUGCUGCUGGGCCCUACAGUGGGCGUCUGUGUUUGAGGCCCUGAGCAAUGCCCACCAGAGGCUUACCCAGUUGGAGGGUGUUAUCUCCAACCCCUGAGCGCCCCAAAACCUCCAAGUUCUUCAGAGAUACUUGUCUCUCUGCCAUCCCAACUGGGGAGACAAGGGCCUGGAAGAGGG